UCAGCUGUGUCCAAUCACAGCUGAUCACAUGUAAAUAGGAAAAUGCCGGUUAUCGGCAUUUCUGUCAGCGGGACAUGUACACUGGUCAUCAGGGCACUGAUGAUCAUUGUGCCCUGAUGAUCACUGUAGCCCCAGCAGUGCCACCUGUUAGUGUCCAUCAGUGCCUUGUGUCAGUGCUCAUCAGUGCCUCGUGCCAGUGCCCAUCAGUACCACAUCAAUGCCACAUAUCAGUGCCUACCAGUGGACAUCAAUGCCACAUAUCAGUACCCAUCUGAGCCGCCUUUCAGUGUCACCCAUCAGUGCCAGUCAGUGCCGCCUAUCAGUG